AAUGGCCUUUAUUUCAACAGCCUGAAUACUGCUAAAUCGCUAAUUAAUUUGUCCAUUAUUCUAGAACGAACUACUAAAUCAACUGCCCAUUAUUUUAGAAUUUAUGGAUUCUUCUUCCAGGCAUGUAUGUGCAGCUCCCAUUGAAACCAUCAAGAUCUGCCGAUAGCAACCGCUGCUGGUUACCCUCUCCCCUGGGGUAACCAAUUUGAGUUAAUAAUAAGGAUUCUAAGUUGCACUUGAAUCUUUUCUGUCUUCAUCUCCACUGCUGCUGUUCGAGUCCAAGUCUACUCUCCCCUCUGAAUUCCUGCAACCACCUCCAUCUCCUCCCUUACAGCUGAUUCCUGGAACAGACCUGGCCUCAAGCCUCUGCUGCUUGAAGGCCUUAAUGAAGUCCUUGUGAUAAAGAUGAAGUCCAGCAUCUUUGCUUGCUCUAGCAGGGGCUCUCAAUCUGGGCUACCCGUGGGAAUCACGUGGGGUGCAUCACAAGUGCACCUGUGCCCAAGUCCUGCCACCAGGAGGUGAGUUAGUCGGGCUGGAAUGAGGGCCCUAGGUUGGAUCUUAGUUGUAAAGCUCCCCCAGGUGAUCCAAGCGAGCUUGGGACGAGCAACCUAAAGAAGGCCAUGCUCUAAGCCCAUCGCCCCGCCCCAGGGAGCGGGGUCGGCCUCUGCGCCGGCUCCCCUGGCCCGUCUGUUACUCAUCUACAGCUCCGUGAUUUCAAGGCAUCCUUCCCACCCGUUUUUAGCUCGGCUGCCGAACUUCAUUGCACAGUUGAGGUAAGAACGUUGCAUUACAACCACGUUUUAACAGGUGAAUCCCUUGGAAGUUAGUCAGUGCUCCGUGUCCGCGGGGUUCUGCAUCUGCGCAUCCACCCAAUGGCGGGAAAAAGAAAAGCGGCCGGCUGCGCGCGCACUGAACGUGCAGCUGCUUCCCCUUGUCAUUCGCAGAACCACGAGGUACUGCCAGGGUUUCCGCAGUGCCUGCGUCCUCUUGGGUGUUACAGGCCCUCCAGAGUGACGCUCGGCGCAGGAGGCCGCGCGGGCAUCCCACGACCUCUUCCAGGGGGGCCUGGAGCAGCCCUCCGCCCCACCGAGGGCCAGCUGUGCUUCCCGCCGCGCGUCCUGAGGUCACACUCCUGCCCUUUGCCGAACGCACCUGCGCCCGCGGAGCGCGGGGUGGGCUUAGAAGGGCCCCCAACCGCUUUUCUUCCGGGAACCACGCAGCGGGACGCGGGCUCCGGACUCCCUGGGGGCAGCCUUGCUGUGGGUGAACAAGCGCGGAGGCCGAGCUUCUUGCAAACGGACUCCAAGGGGCAACGACCUUCGCGCGUCACCAAAGUUACUGCGUGGGUGCCCACGAGCCCGGCUCCCGCAACCCACGGGCGGCCACUGCGCAGGCGCCUCUCGUGGCUGGCGGCCCCGCCCCGCCCCGACUGGCUGCUCCAUGGCGCUGUGCGAGGCCGCGGGCUGCGGGAGCGCCCUGCUCUGGCCUCGCUUGUUGCUCUUCGGGGACUCCAUCACCCAGGUUACAAUACCAGAUGGGCCAAAAUUAUCCUUCCAAGAUUAAUCAGGAAAGGAAACAGUUUGGACAUCCCAGUAGCAGUUACAAUUUUCUUUGGGGCCAAUGACAGUGCACUAAAAGAUGAGAAUCCCAAGCAGCACAUUCCCCUGGAGGAGUACGCUGCGAACCUGAAGAGCAUGGUGCAGUACCUGAAGUCCGUGGACAUCCCUGAGAAUCGAGUCAUUCUCAUCACGCCGACCCCACUUUGUGAAACAGCCUGGGAAGAACAGUGCAUCAUACAAGGUUGCAAACUAAAUCGCCUGAACUCUGUUGUUGGUGAAUAUGCCAAUGCGUGUUUACAAGUGGCCCAAGACUGUGGGACUGACGUACUUGACCUGUGGACCCUGAUGCAGGACAGCCAGGACUUCUCAUCUUAUUUAUCAGAUGGACUACAUUUGUCUCCAAAGGGGAAUGAAUUUUUGUUCUCGCAUCUCUGGCCUUUGAUAGAGAAAAAGGUCUCUUCUCUACCUUUGCUGCUUCCUUACUGGCGGGAUGUAGCAGAAGCAAAACCUGAAUUAAGUCUGCUGGGAGAUGGAGACCAUUAGCCAAUCACAGGAGACCCAAAUCUGCUUGUUAUCUACAGAACUCAAAGUUGUCAAUAUGUAGAGGUACGCUUUUUUCCUCAGGCUUAAACCUUUGCCACUGAUAUUAAUAAUAUAUUAAUAAUAAAAGUAUUAGAUUUUUCAGGGAA